AAGCACCAGAAAGCCAGUGGGGUUCAGUAAACAGAACAAACGUCACAUCCCUCUGCUCCGCUCCCACCACUGACUGACUGCAGCCCCAGCCUCCUAUCUCCCAGAGCCAGAGGAUUGGUAACUAUGGCUGCGAAGGACGCUAGUUGACAAAUAUUGGUCUACUCGAACGAGCUCAGAUUUCGACGUGGCUGAAUUCAAAAUGGGUUACUCUUCUUCGCACUGAAAUUAACGACAGAGAGCAUCAGUAUGUACCACAAAGAAAAGAGCAUUCAGAUCAAGAGCAGCGCCUCUGCGCUGUACAACAACCUGAGCGUGCUGCGAAUCGCACCCCGCUCUCUCACUUACUUCGCUGUGGUGCACGCCAACGUGGUGAAUAUGGUCAGCGCCUCCUGGGACGGCCUCAACUACUCGCACCGUCAGCUACAGUCCAAAGAGGGCUCCGUCGCCACCAGUUCCUCCCUCAUCAUGCAGGCUGCAUGGUGUGUGCUUCCCUCCCGUGAACUCCUUGUGCUCACCUCCCAACGAGGGAUACAGAUGUAUGAGUCAGACGGGUCAAUAAUGGUGUAUUGGCACGCGCUGGACUCUCCUGAAACACCCACAGCCCAGGCAGUGUUUGCGCGGGGCAUUGCGGCAGUCAGGGAAAAGUACAUAUGUGUCGGCAUUUCGUCUGGGUCUGUAUUGGUGUUUGAUGUUCCCAGCAAAGGCAGCAACAUCACCCUGUCUGAAGUUCUUGAAGAGCACAAGGAGUCCAUCACAGACAUGGCAUCUGAAUGCUCCGGCAGCCUGGAGUGCAUAGCUGAUUUGGUUAGCGCUGAUGAUUCAGGGCUUCUCUGUGUGUGGAAGUCAGGAGAGGAUUUCCAGCUGCUCAACAAGAUUCCAGGUUUUGAUAUGAGCUGCUCCUCUGUGAAGCUGUGGAAAGGCACGGUGGUGGCGGCGUACGGCACGGGACAGAUCCGUCUCUACGAGGCCGUCACAGGGAUCCUCCACGCAGAGAUCAACGCACACGCUCGCUGGAUCUACUCACUGGACAUCGCCCCUUUCACCGGACUGCUACUGUCUGCAGCUGAGGACUCUCUCGUGAGAGUUUGGCACCUGACCAUGACUCCGGAGACCAACAAUGUAGAGAUCGAGCACUUGUACAACGAGUGUGUGACCGACACCCAGAUCUGUGGGGCUAAGUUCUGUGACGGGGACGGCUACGCCUUCGCUGUCACGGGCUACGACCUCACCGAGAUCAUCCGCUACACACAGGGCUAGCGAGGGCACAUGGGCAGACAUGUUUCUGUAUCAAAGAAAACACACACACUUACGCACACACACACACACACACACACACACACACACACACACACACACACACACACACGCCAGAGCAAGCAUCAUACACAGGUAUCUGUCAGUUGAGAAAGCCACAGGGUUGAUCAGUGAGCACUGAGCAGCACUUGCCUUAUUUGGCAUCCAUGGUUCAAUGUCUCAGUUUGCAAGCAAUUCAUCAUUAUUUUCUACAAGAAUUCUGAAGAUGUUUCAAAUGGUUUGAAACACUGGACUUGUGGCAUCCUGACAAUCAGACAUUUCAUCUCACACACUAGUGACACUUGCAGUUGAAGAUGUUGGAAUAAGGCAUAUCUAGAAACAUUGCUCUCAACUGUUGAUAAACUACAUGUUUUAUGAGUUGUUAUACAACAUGUAAUAUUAAUGCAGCACAGGGGGGGGGGAACAACAUUCAGAAAGAAGUGUAUGGAUAUUGCUACUUUUGCGUAGUAUCAUGAAAGAAGAGAUGCUUUUUGGCCUAAACUGUCUGAUGUUUGAAGGCUUCUGAUUGGUGGAGGAACACCUCCAGUUUGCUGCUGACUGCUCUUGUUUCCCGGUGUGAACCCUCACCUGACUGAUGUUGUUAGGAAGGCCAUGUAUUAUAGGUCAGAGGUCAAGUUUGUGUCCCUUGUGGUGUGCACAGCUAGUUGUGAGGCAAGGCCAUUGUCUGUAGGAAAUGGGAAAGGUCAGUAAAGAAUGUCCACUUCUUGUAAUACAUGUGAAAGGUCAGAGGAUUUAGAGUGUGACGUAAAUGCACAGAACAGAACAUUCAGCAGUGUGCAUAUUCAACCUCCAGGUCCCAACAUGGCUCGGGUUGCCGUUGGAAAGAGGAAUAUUUAUUAGGUGUUACACAAGCCCCUGUUAUUUAUCUGAAUUUCAUUGUAAAGGAAAGAAGUACUCAGAGGAGUUGUGUGUACACAGAGGAGUAUGAGAUACUUAAGACCAAAUGUUAUGUGGAACAUGUUAUGGAUGUAUGUGUUGAGUACUAUGACUUUUGCAUUCCAGAAUUGAGUGUUUCUUUAGUUUUCAUAGACCAUUGAUGUUACAUUAUAAUGAAUGUGGUUGCAUUAAUGUGAAUAAAUGUUAUUGUAUAUCAA